UUCACAGCCCAGCAGAGAGGGUCAGAGACUGAGAGACACCUGCACUGUGUGGGGGCCACAGGAGGCUCCCUGCUACUUAGCUGGGAACACAGAACUCAAUGGGUGAUGACAGGCUGAGCUGUUUCAUGGGGACCUGUGAAAUCUCUCUCUUGGCAAAGGUUACCUAUGGAGUUGUGAUCCAGUCUGUUCUGUAAAUCCACAUCAACGCACUUUAAUGAGGAGCUGCUUACACAGUUACUGUCUGCUACCUCUGUUUAAAAACCAUGAUGUUGCCUACAAGACUAUCUGCAUUGUGUCUUCUUGUGUUUGUAACCUCCGAGGUGGAGCCACAUAGUCCCAACUGGAAACCAAUGUGGCCAAGUUACAAAGUUCCAGUUGUUCUUCCACAAUCCACAUUAAGUUUGGGCAAAGCUCAGUUUAAUGCAGAACCCAGGCUAGAUGUGGCCUCACCUUGUGGACCGGAAUGUCACAAACAUUACUCAUUGCCUACUUUGGAAGAGCUCAAAGAAUAUAUGUCUUAUGAGACUUUGUACUCUAAUGGAAGCCACACUGAGACCGAAGUAGGAAUUUAUGUUCUUGGGAGCAGUGUUUCGUCAGCACAAAGUGGUGGUAAAUCACGCACCAAAAGACAGAUCUAUGGACAUGAUAGUAGAUUUAGCAUAUAUGGGAAGGACUUUUUGUUAAAUUAUCCUUUUUCCACAUCAGUGAAAUUAUCCACCGGCUGCACUGGCACAUUGGUAGCAGAAAAACAUGUCCUAACAGCAGCUCACUGCAUCCACGAUGGUAAGAGUUAUGUCAAAGGAGCACAGAAGCUAAGGGUGGGUUUCUUAAAACCCAAGCAUAAAGAUGGUGAUAAGGCACUAAACCAGACAAAUUCUAAAAUUCCUGAUAAGAUGAAAUUCCAGUGGAUUCGAGUGAAAAGGACACAUGUGCCAAAAGGUUGGAUCAAGGGUAAUGCCAAUGACAUAGGUAUGGAUUAUGACUAUGCCCUGUUGGAACUUAAGAAACCUCACAAAAGAAAGUUCAUGAUGAUAGGUGUCAGUCCCACCAGCCGGCAAUUUCCAAGUGGUAGGAUUCAUUUCUCUGGUUAUGAUAAUGAUCGACCAGGCAAUCUCGUGUAUCGGUUCUGUGAUGUCAAGGAAGAGACCUAUGACCUACUGUACCAACAAUGUGAUGCUCAACCUGGGGCUAGUGGAUCUGGUGUGUAUGUAAGGAUGUGGAAGAGACAGAAACAAAAAUGGGAGAGAAAAAUCAUUGGAAUAUUUUCUGGGCACCAGUGGGUAGACAAGGACGGUGACAAGCAAGAUUACAAUGUAGCUGUGCGUAUCACACCUCUCAAGUACGCACAGAUAUGUUUCUGGAUUAAAGGUAACUAUAUAGAUUGCAGGGAUGGAUAAAUGCUUUCCUUCUGUCUCUCUUAAAGAACGAACUUUAAAACAUGGGAAUAUCGUGCGUCAAAGAGAAACAAACAUUGGAGAAGAACUAUUUGUUAUUUAAAUCCCACACCUUAACCACCAAGCCAAUAUAUUUACUUACAAGAGCUACAACAAUGCAAGGAUAAUAUAAACUGAAACACUGAAUGUUAAAUCACACCUUUAUCUCUCAUUAACAGUAAUGAUAACGGGAAAUAUGAAUGAACUGAGAUGGCUACUGUUGAAAAAUGCUAACAUGUUAUUGGUUUCUGUGACCUUCACUCUACAAAUGUCAUGGACAAAUCCCAUCCAAUUCAGCCAGAUGGAUGUUGAAAGAUACAGCUGGGCAGCAACUUGUUGAUGAUUUAAAAAAAAAAAAAACAGCCCAAAAAUGGGGCAUGAAGUUUUUUCAACUAAGUGAUAAUUUACUCUGUGAGACUCUACACCAUUAUUUUAAAUGGAACCUCCAAUGGAUAUUACCAAUGGUUUCAGUUACCAAAAGGUCAUGUUUUACUAUGCAAAGUAUUGAUUGUAGAAAAAGAAGAGUUAACUUUCCAAUACGUUUCAUGCACUUUGUUUUGAUUUUGUCCAAGUCUAGGAUACAAGAUACAAAUUUUGAUCUUUUCGCUUCUAUUUCUGAUCAUGACCUUUACUUUAAAGUGGAACUGUCAACCACCUAUUGAAUAAAACAUUAAAAA